UAAAGCUGUCCAUUGGUCAAUUCUUUAUUCGGUUACGGUGUUAAUGCGAUUGUAACCCAUGACCGAUCAGAUCACAGAACUUUCUAUACGUCGCCUGAAGCGCAUCCACGAAACCGGGGUAUCUAAUCGAAAACGCCCCGAUAUGCGGCCCAGUGGCACCCUGGAGAGUUUUUCACAUCUGGCUCACCUUACAUCGGAAAGGUAUAUCACACAACAUCUUUGACGGCAGUUUCGGCUGCAUUUAACAAAGUGGAUGCUGCUCUCGAGUGUAUCACAUCACUCGCUAAUGUUCAUGGGUCGGUGAGACUGAUCAAGCAAGGCUUAUGUUAAGUUCCCAUCUGUGUGUGGAAUCACUUGACAUCAGGAUAUUGUAAUGAGCCUAGUGAGGUGUCACGAUGAGGUUAAUGAGUGUAUGGACGCCUCUCAAACAAUGAUGGGCAAGUCAGUAUCAACCAAUCAGAAACGCUGUAACAUCCAAGGCCUUGGACAGGCAACAGGUCUGUCAGCAUGGUGGACAGGGCGUAUCUUCUGGAAGGGCUACCACCACACCCUUGACGAGGCCGAUGUCUACGAUGUCUUGCCACAAGACUCCACCGUCAAGCUCUCCAACAAUCUGGGCAGGGAGUGGGAGAAGGAGCUGUACCGCUGGAAGACUGGGGGACACCCGAGCCUGCUCAGCGCUGUGUGGAGAUGCUACAGGCCCCAGAUCUUGGCCUUCUCACUCUUGGUGCUGGUAGAGGAGACUCUGAGGGUGGUCCAGGCAAUUCUCAUGGGGCACUUCAUCCAGAUGUUCCGCACCACCGGAGCAGGGGGAGCAACUCUGCCCUACCCCGAUGUCUACAUCUUCGGAGCCUUCCUCUGUGUUGUCUUCCUUGUCAACAUCUUCUUGGACCACAACUUCUUCCACCACGGCUACAGGAUGAGGGUAGCAGCAACAUCACUGAUAUACAGAAAGGUGAUGCGUCUCUCGUACUCUGCCCUGACUCCUAAAGUCAUGGAGGACAUCAUUAACUUGGUUACCAGAGAGAUGGACGUCUUCCCCAUGGUAGUACUUCCAGCAACCUACAUUCUGAUUGGUCCACUCCAGCUGGGUAUAGUUUGUUACCUGCUCUGGGAUUGGUUGUUGCUAGGCCCUGUGUGUAUGGCUGGCAUCUUUGUGCUGUUCCUGCUGUUUCCCCUCCAGAUCCUCAUGGGCAAGUUGUCCAGGAUACUUAGGCAGAAGACAGACACGUUCACCGGCCACCGGCUGAGGAAGUUACAGUCCAUCAUUGGGGGGAUCCAGGAACUGAAGACCGGCUGCUGGGAGAGGCUGUGUGAGAAGGUCCUCACUGCGAGCAGAGACGAGGAACUGGUCCAUAUGAGGAAGUUGUCACGGCUGCUGAGUUUCAACAGUGCGUUGACGUUGACAGCGGGGAAGCUGGUGAUGUUUGUGACGUUCAUGUUGGUGCUGGUGACUGGAAGGACGAUCACCGCAAUGCAGAUCUUCACGGCGAUGGCGCUGUUUGAGACGCUGCGCAUCAGUCUAAGUAUACUGCUGCCUGCUGGGAUACUCUUCCUCAACGACACACUGAAAACUCUCAAGAAAAUACAGCAUUUCCUCAUGAUGGAAGAGAAGGGGACGUUGUCCAUGAGUCGCGGCAGCUUCCAGAUGCUCAACAAUGACGUCGUCAUCCGCUUCAGCAACUACUUCGGCAGUCGGCAGAAGAGCCUGGAUGCUGCCAUGGCACUGGUAAACAUUGAACUGGACAUAGAAAAGAGUAAGCUGUAUGCUGUGAUUGGUCCACCAGAUGGAGGCAAGAGUUGUCUGCUCCUGGCUGUUAUUGGUGAACUUGAGAGACACAAAGGUCAGCUGUUCCAUCAUGGCCGCCUGGCGUACAUUCCCCGACAGCCAUGGUUGUUCCCAGGGACUAUCAGGGAGAAUGUUGUGUUCGGCUCGGAGUUCGUGAGACAUCGGUACAACCAGGUGCUCCAGUCAUGCGCCCUGUCACAGAUGCUGGAUGCCUUCCCACAGGGGGAUCUGACCGUGGUAGGAGACAGGGGUGUCACCAUAGACAACAGUGUACAGGCCAAGAUUACCCUGGCCAGGGCUGUGUACCAGAAUGCUGAUAUUUACUUGAUAGACGACAUCCUGUCAGGAAUGGAUGGCAAGUCGUCCAUGCACAUCUUCAAGAAAUGCAUCUGUGGGCUCCUUCAGAAUAAGACUCGACUGUUUGUGACGGAUAAUGCACAGCACACCCAGGUCGCUAACAACGUCAUCAUGGUGUCACAGGGCACUGUCCACUUCUCGGGCCGAUAUGACGACAUCCACCGCUGGGGCAUCACAGUCAGCCACUUCCUGACAAGCCGGACACACCCGGAAAUGGACGUGGACAAGAUGGCCGACAUCUCGUCCCCCCUGAUACAGGACCUGUCCUCCACCCUGCUGCCCCCUCCCUCCCCAGACAGUGUCAAGGACAGCGUCACGGGCUCCUUCGAGAUGCUUCAACAUGACUAUAAGGACCCGGGGGACACUCUGAUCACCGGGGACAGCGACACCAGCUUCCGCAGCAUCUCCUCCACCGGUAGUGCCUACAAGUGGUACUUCCUGCUGGGAGGCGGGAUAUUCGGAGUCAUCGCCUUCUUCGUCCUGUGUAUCUUUGAACAGGGAGGAUUUGUCCUGUGUGAGUGGUGGCUAGCCUACUGGUCUGAGAAUUUCCAGAGCCACAAUGAGAGCAGUGUGAUCAACGUGACAAUGUUCGGUCCGGCCAUCUGGAUACUGGAUGAGAAGGUAUACAUCUACCUGGGCCUCGUCUUCUUCACAGUCCUCCUCAGCUUCGUGCAGGCGGGAUUCUUCUUCUGGUUGGCCAACCGGGCAGCUGAGGUGCUCCACAACCUGGCCCUCACCUCCAUCCUGGAGGCCCCCAUGGCCUUCUUUGACAUCAACAGUCCAGGUGGUGUCCUCAGCCGCUUUCUGAGGGAUGUAGGAAUUGUGGACACGAUGCCACCAAUACUGUUGGACUGUAUACAGUCGUUCAGUGUGCUGAUAGCCACUGUGGUGGUGGUGGGGGCCACCAACUACUGGCUGCUGCUGGUGGUCACUCCGCUGACCAUUGCCUUCAUCGUGGCCCGACACUACUUCCACCAGUCCACACAGGACGUGGAGAAGAUCGAACUGGCAUCCAAGAGUGCAGUGGGCGGCCACAUCAUCAGCAGCAUGGAGGGUAUCCAGACAUUGCGGGCCUUCGGGGUGGAGCAGCGCUUCCUGCACAACUUUGACGUGAGCCAGGACCGUAGUACGGCAGCAUGUUACCUUCACCUUGCUGCCAAUCGAUGGUUCGGGAUGAGAGUCGACAUCAUCGCCUUCCUUGUUGUGGUCAGUGUGACCAUUGGCGCCAUAUUGGUUGUUCAGUAUCAAGAUGUGUGGAUGCCAAGUAGCCUGGUGGGGCUGUCUCUCUUCUACGCCCUCAACCUGCUCAACGUGCAGCACCCUGCCAUGAGGAAGUCGGCAGCCGUGCACUUCAAGAUGAAGUCGGCCGAGCGGUUACUUCAGUAUUACCAGAUGUCUCCCGAGCUGGACGUUGCCGUGGAUACAGAGGUGAAGCCGUCCCUGAUGUGGCCCCAGUAUGGGAUCAUCACCCUGGAGGGUGUGUCAGUGUCACACCCAGGGAAAGGGCCGUCUCCCCUCAAGGGGGUGUGGUGCUGUAUCCGGGCCGAAGAAAAGAUGGGCAUAAUGUUUAAGACGGCUGCUGAGCAGAAAGCCUUCAUGUCUGUUCUAUUCCGUCUCCAUGACUACAUAGGGGUGGUCCGUAUUGACGGCAUAGACAUUGUCAACGUCAGUCUACAGCGUCUCCGGGACAAGAUUGCUGUUAUACAACAGAAUCCUACUCUGUUCACGGGGUCGCUGCGUCAGAAUCUGGACCCGAUCUCGAGGUACACGGAUGCCCAGGUGUGGAGGGUCCUGGAGGAGGUGAAUCUGUCUUCCUUCGUGGAAACGCUGCCACAGCGACUAUACGCUGACAUCAGCACCGUCAUCGACAGCUUCUCCACUGGUCAUCGACAACUACUGCGACUGGCCCGUGCAAUGCUUCGCCAGUCCAAGAUUGUCGUGUAUGAAGAACCUACCACCAGCCUGGAUUACAAGUGCAAUACAAUUAUACAAAAGCUGCUGAGAACUAAAUUUGAGCGUUGUACCUUGAUACACAUAGCUCACCUGCCUGAUACAAUAAUAGAUACAGAUAGGGUCAUGGUAAUUUCUGAAGGUAGAAUACAAGAAGUGGAAUCACCUCACAUUCUUCUACAAAAUAAAAACAGCAGGUUCUAUAAAUUUACUGAUGAACUUGGCAUGUUUGAGAUGCAUCGUCUCAAAAAACUAGCUCAAGAUAAGUAUGAAAAUAAACCCUACAUCGCCCCCAACAUCAACCCCGAAGACUUUGAGGAGGGGGCCUCGUCCCGGAACCAGCUCCGACAUCCAAACAACCUGAAUGUGCUGCCCACCUUCCAUUCAUCCCGAUUGGUCGGAGUUCUUAACCAGCUGCCAACAAACAAGUUCUCCACCAAUCGCUUGUAGUGUGUAAUAUCAUGAAUAUUCAUGAUGGAUAUUCUUGAGCCGUGUGAUAUUGGAUAAAUCCAGAACUGCUUAUACAUCGCCUAUAACUGCAUUUCAUUAUCAAUGACCAAUCAGUUCCCAGAUCAUAGUGCAAUCCCAGAUGUACCACCUGAAAUCAUCCAAUCUCAUUUAAAUCAGAUCUUAGUUCUCGCUACCGCUAAACAAAGAUCUGAGGACAUCCCAUUACAGGUCACGUCAGAACGACCUUUCGCGAAUUUUGACUGACCAAUGAAAUGACUGACAAGAAAUCAACAUUGGCCAAUCAUAAGGGAGCUUUCUCUAGCUUUAGGACACUAGUUUCCACCUGGUGACUACGCUUCAAAACAUAUUUUGACGUUUUUUUCGAUUGAAAAAUUUAAAACUGAUAAGAAGAACAUUCUGGAAUGGCUCAUAGAUGGCCUAGCUUGUAUGGAUAU